CCAACGGGCAGGCAGCCGCCCCGCUGCCCCCCAACACGGCAGGGGGCCCGGACAACACCAACGGGGUGCAGAUGCUGCGGACGAUCGGCGUGGGGAAGUACGAGUUCACGGACCCCUGGCACCCCAAAGAAAUGUUGAAGGAGUUGAACCAGCAACGCAGAGCGAAAGAGUUUACAGACCUGAAAAUUAUUGUUGAAGGCAAAGAGUUUGAAGUCCACCAAAAUGUUCUAGCUUCCUGCAGCUUGUAUUUCAAGGACCUGAUUAAAAGGUCACCACGAGACAGUAGCAGAAGCGGGGAGAAGCUGGAAUUGGCCAUGUCCAACCUCACUGCAGAUGUCCUGGAAUUACUCCUGGAGUUUGUUUAUACAGGUUCUUUGAUCAUAGAUUCAGCCAAUGCAAAAACCCUACUGGAAGCUGCCAGCAAGUUCCAGUUUCAUACCUUCUGUAAAGUCUGCGUUUCAUUUCUAGAAAAACAACUGACUGCUAGCAACUGCUUAGGAAUAUUAGCCAUGGCCGAAGCCAUGCAGUGCACUGAACUAUACAACAUGGCCAAAGCAUAUGCCCUGCAGAUUUUCCCUGAGGUGGCAAACCAAGAAGAGAUCCUUAAUAUCUCGAAAGACGACUUCAUUUCCUACAUGUCCAAUGACAGCCUGAACACCAAAGCGGAGGAGCUGGUGUAUGAAACAGUGAUAAAGUGGAUUAAGAAGGAUGCUGCAAUCAGAGCUCAGUAUGCUGCGGAGUUGCUGGCAGUGGUGCGCCUCCCCUUCAUCCAUCCCAGCUAUCUGCUAAAUGUUGUUGACAACGAGGAGUUGAUAAAGUCUUCGGAGGCUUGCCGGGACCUAGUGAACGAAGCCAAACGUUAUCACAUGCUGCCGCACGCCCGACAAGAGAUGCAGACGCCGAGGACCCGGCCCAGGCUCUCUGCAGGUGUAGCCGAGGUAAUAGUCUUAGUUGGGGGUCGUCAGAUGAUUGGCAUGAAUCAACGCGCUUUAACAGCGGUCACUUGCUUAAAUCCUCAAAACAACAAGUGGUACCCGUUGGCCAGCCUGCCCUUCUAUGAUCGAGAGUUUUUCAGCGUGGUCAGUGCUGGGGACAACAUCUAUCUCUCAGGCGGCAUGGAGUCGGGUGUCACGCUCGCUGAUGUCUGGUGUUACAUGUCCUUGCUCGAUAACUGGAACCUCGUGUCCCGCAUGACAGUCCCAAGGUGUCGACAUAACAGUCUGGUGUACGAUGGGAAAAUUUAUACCAUUGGAGGGGUCGGUGUGGCAGGCAACGUUGACCAUGUGGAAAGGUACGACACGAUAACCAACCAGUGGGAGACCAUCGCCCCUCUGCCAAAGGCCGUCCAUUCGGCCGCUGCAACCGUUUGCGGUGGGAAGAUCUACGUCUUCGGUGGAGUGAACGAAGCCGGCCGAGCUGCAGGGGUCUUGCAGUCCUACAUCCCUCAGACUAAUUCAUGGAGUUUUAUAGAGUCUCCAAUGAUCGAUAACAAAUAUGCUCCUGCAGUCACUCUCAAUGGGUUCAUCUUUAUUCUUGGAGGAGCUUAUGCACGAGCAACCACCAUCUAUGACCCAGAGAAAGGCAAUAUUAAAGCAGGUCCCAACAUGAACCACUCCAGGCAGUUCUGCAGCGCUGUGGUUCUCGACGGAAAAAUUUAUGCCACUGGUGGGAUCGUUAGCAGCGAAGGACCUGCCCUGGGAAACAUGGAAGCCUACGACCCUAAAACGAAUACAUGGACACUUCUACCAAAUAUGCCCUGCCCUGUUUUUCGACACGGCUGCGUAGUAAUCAAGAAGUACAUUCAGAGUGGCUGAUGUUACCCAGGAGUUGGAUGGAGAACUGUUUGUAUCUGUUGAAAGCAGGCAAGAAGAAUACUACUACUUAAGAAACAAAAGCAGCAAAGCCAGCCAGUGAACAUAUUGCUCUAAAGUCUUGAAUAGUGUCUACAUUGAAUGUAGAAAAAUCAUCCUCACCUUUUGGUGAACAAGGAGCAGAGAGCUCCGUGCUAUGUAAGAUAUUGUAACUUAAUAAUACAAGGGUGUCACUAGAUGUUAUAGUGACACUUGUUCUGGACAUCGGCUUUUGGUCAACCCAGGUGCAAUAGAAUUUCACAUAUUUUUUAAGCUGGGGAAGAGAGGAAAAAAAAAAAUCUGCAUUUUACUUCUAGAGCUCAAGCUUGAUUCUUAAAAUAACCAUGCAGAUUAGUUUUACUAUUACACUUUAGGCAUCUAUCUAUUUGAAAGGUCAAAGUGUCCUUACCACUUUGAUUCCUACAUUUGUUUUUAACAAAUACAUGCUUUUCAAUACCAAUGACUGAGAGAAAUCUUGUGUGAGAGAUGGCUUACGUUGAUGUCAGUCUUCCAUCAGAUCAAACGAAUCUUUCAGUUCUCUAGAGCAGAGCCCAGAAGGGGGGUGAGGUGGGGACUGGGGAGAAGAAGAAUAGCCGUUGGUAAUAAAUUCCAUGUAAAAUGAUGAAAAAAAAAAAAGAUCUGUUGGGCUGGAUGAGUUUCUGCUCCCGGUGAUAGUUGUGUAGGCACGUGUGGCCAUGCCCACAGGUGGUGGUGGGGCUUCUAAACCUUUUCCUCCCGGUUUCUGCUGAUGAGCGAACUUGGCAGUUCUCGAUUCCUGUAAUGCAAAAUGAAAACGGUUGCGAUUCCAGAGGCAUUCUCCUGAUAAACCCGCUCUUCACUUCUGAUUGGGAUCACGUUGAAACACACAGUGUAGUGUGAGAUUUCCAUGGUUUCAUCAAAUGGAGAAGAUGCCUCCUGUUGUGGCUACGCGCUCAGUUUCGGCUCUCAACCAAAAUUCCUUACCUUGGGAUAUGCGCCACUAUCUUUUAUGUAAAGUCUGAGAAGUUUUUUUAUUUUAUUUUUCAAGUUUCCCCAUAGGUGUGGAAACCUUGUACUUCUCUUAUUUACAGAUUUUAAACACACGAGUUUAAAUCCCAUGGUAGAAAAAUGCAUAGACUUAAGCCCAGUAUAAGAGACUUAAAAUGAUUACUAUGUAGAGUUGUAAGUAUAUGCACAGCACAGGGGUUAUAUUUUUAUAUAUAUUAAAAUAUUGUCUAUCCAGAGAGCAUUGUGAUGUGGAAAUUCUUUAUAAAUUUAUACAUAAAAGGAUCAAAUGGGAGAUGGACCGGGUAACAUAAAGGGGGCAGGGGAAAGAAUCUUAAAAUUCACAAAUAGGCAGUAACCCCGAGCUGAGGAUUGUCUGAUUUCUUUCCAAGUAGAGGGAACAAAGUUGCCAUACUUGCCUUUGCAGACUCAAAUCCCAAAUGCCGUGACGGUAAUUCAAGAAGGAGGGUCCUACACAGGGCGUGGGUGAGAUCUUACAGUCAAUAUCUAGUUGAAUUUCAUACCAAAUACGCUAGCCUUUUUAUAUGGAGGGAGGUCUGCCUACAGCUUUGGGGAAAUCAAUGCAGAUGGUUAGCUAAUCAUCUUAUUUUAUUAAUAAUCAUUUAUAAAAUAAAGGAAAAAAACAAAAUUUGUAUCUUGCAGUAUUUAAAGAAAAAGUGCUCAAGUUAGCUGAGUCAAGCUGUAGGGUGACUCAAGUCUCAUUUUGACAGUGAGGUUCCAGCCUUUGUUAUGCAGUUGUUUUAUUUAUUCUUUAAUGAAAAAAAUAAUAAGCACAACAAAGUUAUAUACUAGUAUGUCAUUUAAAGUAUUUAUGUGAAACAGGGUGCAAGUGUGAACCUAAAGAUUGGAGCACAAGUUUCUAACUGCCUGGGGCAGGACUAAUUUUAGUGUUGGUGUGUGUCUGCCUCCAAAGGAGGUGCUACCUGUCAACAAGACCUAAACACAUUCAACAUUUCCAAUUUAGCUUAUUUCUUCAUUUCUCACACUGGAACAAAACUGGCUAUUUCUGUGAAUAAUAUUAAAAACAGGGUUAUCUGUAAUGGUAUUGUAUAUAGUUUAUGUUUACUGUUAAGUUCUUGUUAUAUUAUAAUAAAUAUAUUUAUAGAUCUAGA